AUGCGCCCCUCCACGCCAUCAACAAGAGUCAAAGGACGACAGAAAGAGGCCGAACAUCGGGAGGGCAAGCGGAGGCUGGUCUGGUCAGAGACGUGUCCCUCCAAAAAGAGAUCCAAGGCGUUGGGUGGCACAGAUGUCCAGCAGCAAACCCAAGGCAUGGUUACCUCCCUCGAAUUAGAGCUGGCAGCAGGGACCCAGGAAUUACAAGCUACAACAAGGGAGUUCGAGCCACUGGAUAGGGGCAAUAGAAGUGAAACCGCCAAGAUAGAAAAUGCAAUAUGUCAAGAGGAGCUGGCUCACUGUCAAAAUGCCAUACGUGUUGAGCAGGUAGAGAAGGCAGCCUUGCAAAAGCGUGUUGCACAGUUGGAAAGGAGCCAGCAAGAGCUGGAGGCAGAAAAUGUGGAGAUGAAGGAGGAGGCGGCGCAGGCACAGAGACUUCAGAAAGACCUGAAGGCUAAAAACAUGCAUCUUGAGGACAGGGUGUCGCAUCUAGAAAGGAGAAACCUCUCCAUGCAGGAAGAAAAUGAGAACCUGAAGAAGCGCAUUGCAUUCUUGGAUGACCCUGAAAAGCCUUUUCAGUCUGAGGCUGUUCGGGUGAGGGAACGGGUCUGGUCUCUAUGGGUCGCAAAAUCUAUAAACAAUAUUGAAACAGAAUCAGCGUUGAACAAAAGAAAAUCUAAGUCGGCUUUGAGUAUUUCUGAGAAUCUAUUCGUUAAGCACUUUAAAUAUAUUCUGUGUAAAAUGUGA